AUGUGGCACCGUAUAAAAUUCAAUGAGAAUGUGAAUAACACACAAGAAGAGGUCCUAAGUGAUAAUGAUCAAGAAAAAGAUGAGUCAACUCCGAUUUUGUCACACGCACAGGCAUUAUCAGCAUUUAAUAAUUUAAGACGCUAUGUCACAUCUUUGAAUCAAAGCGAAGACGCACUGCAAAAGUUAAAUUAUGUUGAAUAUCUUAUGACAUUGCCUGGAACGUGGUCUCUUACUAUAGGUCUUACGAGAAGGCUCAAGGUCGCACAGUGGGCAGCGGAGAGAGCGAUGCUUGGUAAUCUUGGUCCGCAGGAGAACAAGAGUAAUCGACAUCGCUCGAAGGAUUGCUCAGCUGAAGUGACAGUGGGGAGGACACAUAGCGAGGGGAACCGAUGGCCGGAAAGGUUCUCGAAUGGCGACCACGCCCCGAACGACGCUCGGUGGGAAGAUCAGAUCAAUGCAAUGGAGCGAAGAAAACGUGUAUAUAAUAUUUUGGAACAAGCUCUCGAAUGCUCGGGAAUUAAUGUUAAUCAACAGUUAUUGGCCUCUAAAACGUCUAGAAAAGCAAACUCGAAAAACCGUAAAAGAGUUGAAUAUCUAGUUAAAUCUAGGGCAUUGGAAUCAAAGGAAAACAGUUAUAAUAAAUCAAAAUUAAAAAAUAAAAUACUAUCCAACUGCACUUCAAUUGUACCGACAGCGUCACGACGCAUUACCGAAGAUGCAGAGAACUAUAACCCUGAGGAAGUUUUUGAUCACACAGAGUUUGAUUCUUAUGAUGGUGCAGGUUUUUCGACGAUUUAUUUCGACCCACUGCAGAAAAAAGAAAUUGCUCCACCAAACUUACCUUUAAUAGCUGAUGUCGCCAUAGAUCCUGACUCUUUGCACGAAUCUGACCCACUAAACUUUUCGAUGGAUAAAACUACCCCAGAUACUGACCCCUCGCAGAAUGAGCAAACUACCCCACCAUACUUACCGUCGAUAGAUGUCGCCGCUGCAGAACUUGGCCCCUCGCAGAAUGAAGAAACUACCCCUACAUACUUACUGUUGAUAGAUGAUGUCGCCGCAAAACCUGCCCUCUCGCAGAAUGAAGAAACUGCCCCACCACACUUGCCGACGAUAGAUAAUGCCACCUCAGACCUUGAGCACUCGCAAAGUGAAGAAACUGCCCCACCAAACCCACCACCGAUGGAUGAUGCCACCACAGAUCUUGACCCCUUUCAGAAUAACGAAUCUGCCCCAACAAACUCACCUUCGACGGAUGAUGUCGUCCCUGAACCUGACCCCUCGCAAAAUGAAGGAACUACCCCACCAUACUUACCGUCGGUAGAUGAUGCCAUCAUAGAUCUUGACCCCUCGCAGUAUGACGAAACUAUCCCCCCAUACAUACCUUCGAUAGAUGAUGCCGCCGCAGAUGAUCCGCAACAUGAUAAAAUCUCGCGUAGAAAGAACUUACCUCGGAUUGAUGGUGCCAUUCCAGGUGGUAGUAGACGUAAACGAAAAGCCAAAACAAGUAGCCGAUACGUGGACUACAUGUCUGAUGAAGAUUUCUCCACAGUAUUUGGUUCUACUGUAACUGAUUCAGAUGAAUGGGCAGGAUCAGAAGUGUCAGAUAGUAGUGAAGAACAAAGCCAGACAAAAAAGAAGAAACCACAAAAAAAUAAAAAAAAUAAACGAAAACUGUUGAGCAAAAAUGAAAGUGAUGAGAAAGAUAAUAUUACAAAAGAAAACAUGAAUGCUGACGAUGAAAAUGUAGGAGAAAGAGGUUUGAAAAGAAAGAAGAAAAACACGAGAAAGGAAAGGUCAGCCUUGAAACAAUCUGGAAAGACGUACACGAGAACAGAUGGUAAAAUUGUGCAAGAAAAAACAAUUCAACCCAAUCCAUGCAAGGGUAAAAAAUGUGGAAACAACUGUGAAAAUGUAACUGAAGAAAAAAGACAGCAAGUAUUCAAUCAUUUUUGGACGCUUCCCUCUGAAAGGCGUAGAGAUUGGUUGGUUGGCAUGACUAAUAGGGAACCCGUUAAACGUAAACGUGUUGAUUCAGAGAAGCGUUCUAAUACAUUUAGGUAUUGUAUUACUGAAGGAGAAGGAAAAAGAGUUGUAUGCUUACAGUUUUUGGCAGCAACGUUAGAUAUAUCACAAAAGUGUAUAUAUUACACUGUUAGAAAUGCUAAUUGUGGAACUUCUAGAGACGACUUGCGUGGAAAGUGUAUACCGCCUAAUAAAACUAAGCCUUCUACUAAAGAGACUGUUGUUAAUUUUAUAAAAAGUCUACCAGCAGUUCCUUCACAUUACUGUCGUCAAGAUUCCAACCGAGUUUACUUACCUCAGGAAUACAAAAACGUUUCCAGCUUAUACAGCAAUUAUAGAAUACGCUAUGUGAAUGCUGGCACAGAUGUAGUAAGCGAAAGAAUUUUUCGGAAAAUAUUUACCGAAGAGUUUAAUAUCGCGUUUCAUAUCCCUAAAAAAGAUAAGUGCUUGAAGUGCCUACAACUGCAACAAGCAGAUAUUAAUGAUCCAAAAAAAGCCAAAGAAAAGGAAGAUCAUGAAACUGAAAAAGAAGAAAGCUUUAAUAGGUUUUCGACUCAUAAAUCUAUACACAGACAUGAUCCUUCCACACUAUGUGCAAGUUUCGACUUAGAAAAGGUCUUGAAUACGCCUCAUGGAGAAUCAAUGUUAUUCUAUUAUUCGAGAAAAAUAGCGGUCUAUAAUUUAUGCUUUUACGAGAAUGGAACUCGUAGAGUUUUCUGCUAUUAUUGGGAUGAAACUAACGGAAAAAGAGGUGCAAAUGAAAUAGCAAGUAUCCUCCACAGUUACAUAAAAUCUGUAGAUGAAAGAGGAAACAUCAAACACCUUCUUCUAUACUGUGACUGUUGCCCUGGUCAGAAUAGGAACCGCACUGUCUUAGCAAUGAUACAUUCUACCAUGCAAGAAUGCAAAAAUCUUCAGACAAUACAAAUCAACUACUUACUAACAGGGCACACAUAUAUGCCCGUAGAUAGUGUACACGCGGUUAUAGAAAAAAAUCUGAAGAACACUAUGAUUUAUGCACCAUCGCAAUGGUACACGAUAUUUACUACAGCUCGAAAAGAGCCCUUUCCAUAUGACGUUGAACAAUUGACUUUCAAAAACUUUUUUAAAUGGGAUAUUAUUGGCGACAAAUACUUUAAAGGGAAUUUGACUGGUAAAAUUAGUAAAGUUCGUAUCGUGACAUUCAAGAAAAAUAGGCCCUUGACAAUUUCCAUAAAAAAUUCAAUGAAUAUUUCUGCAAGCUCUUUUGACAUUGAAGUUCAAUCCAAAACUAAGGGUCCACUAAUGUCUUGCUACCGAUCACAGUUGUCGAUAUCAAAAGCUAAACACGACGAUCUAAUUAAACUCUGCAAAGAUAAAGUAAUACCCGCUCAAUUUCAUCAAGAGUACUCGAUUAUGCCAAAGGCAAAUAAUGUCCAAGAUUCUUUACUUGAAUCAGAUGUUGAAGAUACCGAGUUUGUGGAUAUUUAGAUUUUUUUUUCAUUUUCAACAUCUGAUUCGAGUAAAGAAUCUUGAACAUUAUUUGCCUUUAUUAUUAUUUUUCAUCUAAGUUCGAUUUUUUUAGAAGUAUAUUUUGUUUCAGCUUCACAGGCUAAAUAUUUUUACAUACCUGUUAAUAAGUAUUAAUUUUUGACUGUGAUUUUAUUAACAUAUAGACGUUAAUUUGUUGUUACAAUGGUGUUCGCACACAUUAUUAUGAUUGUGAAAAAAGUUAAACUUGCAAUGUCCUAAAAAGCAUUUUGAGUGGCUAUGAAACAUUUAAUUUUCUUUUUAAGUUGUCCUAAAGAAUAAUGUGCAAUUAUGUUAAUUAUGAACAGGGACUCUAAAGCCCGUAUUAUAGAAAGAUUCUCAGUGAUUGAUCUAUUUUUGAGCAGUUUUUUUGGAAAGGGAUGUCGCUAUAUAUAACGCAUAGCGACAUCUCUUUCUAACUGUAAUCAAGUAAAGAUCAACACUUAUUUGUCAUUCUGUAAUACGGGCCUAAGUCUUAAAGAUGAUUUUAUUAAGAACUAAUGGAAACUAAGAAAUUUUCCUACUAAAUAUAGUAAAACUGAUUAUAACAGCAUUUUUAUUUAUAUUUCUGUUAAUAUUUUAUGAUCCUAAUUUCGAUGAUAAGUGUUACUAAGUAAAAUUUGCUGAGAAACAACAAUAAAUAAAAAACAGUUUAGUCAAUUUUGCCUCCAUUUCAAAACCCUUUUGAUUUUGGUAAGGUAACUUUUGCUCUGAUAUCAUUAUUUAUAACUUCUCUAUAUUACAUUUUGACUUUACAUUUCUAGACCAAUGCUUGUCGUUUAGUACAUUUUCCCCGUCUCCAUUUUUAGGUAAAAUUUUCUAAGCGACACUUAACUUUUGAACCAAGAAAGUUCUUGAAUUGUUGCUUAAGCUUCGAUGUAGACCAUAAAAUAAGAUUUCUGAAUCAGUCAAAAUUGCGUCUGUGGGAUGAUAACAAGAAUUUAUACGAUUUUUUUUCUGAAAAUCCUAACUUUAAACUCCUCUCCUGUAAAGUUAGCUUAAUGUCGCUUAGUCAAU